AUGGAGUGUGUUUAUAACGGGCUGAAGGGCACGGUGGGCGGUGUGCAUAGGGAGAUGAAGGACGAGCUGGACGCUAUCAAUAAAAAGAUGGAGAAAACGGAUACCAUUCUGAAGGGAUUGGGCACGAUA